CCUUUUCGCCGCGCCGGCGCAGUUCGCUUGCUGAUUAUGGCUACGGUGCUGUCCAGAGCGCUGAAGCUGCCAGGUGAGAAAGAGCUGAAAUAACGGGACGUUCGAUGGUAUCCGGGUCUAUAGAAUGUGAUGUUCGAAUGCCCAGGCUGAGCAGUAUAUAUAACCCUGCAGGUGCUAAGAGGCUUGGCCUUGGGGCACCCAGAGAGAGUCACUUUAUAAGGAAUUUGAGUAUAGAUUACUCUCUGUAGGCGUAGUUGUAAAGGAUGUCCAAUUCUAUAUCGUUUUUAUUAUGUUAAGUGCAGAAGCAGUUGUUAAUUACUGUGAUAUUUCUAUUUAAAUAUUAUUAUUUUUUAUUAUUUCUACGACUGCUGUUAGCUGUGGACAUCAAACUGGCCUGUUUUCUAUAUGUCACUUGCAAGUAAAACAUUUGCCCUAUAUAUUUACACCUAUGGGAUGCAUUGGACAGCAGCAUAUUAUACUGUAUAUAUUGUUAUAGCAACUUGUGUUAUUGUGCACUGACCUAUUGGCUGCUUGCCAUCAUUGGAAGAAAAUAUGUUUGCUGGGGAGCAUGCUUCUCAUUGUAAUUUUUCUUUCAAUGAGUAGCUACCAAUUAUUAUUAUUGUUAUUUUUAGUGUGCCAACAAAUACUGUAGCGCUGUACAAUAGGUGGACUAACAGACAUGUAUUUGCAACAAGACGCGUUGGACGCACAGGAACAGAGGAUGUUGAGGGUCCUGCUCAAACGAGCUUACAUUCUAUAGGGAGCUAAUGGGUAAAUCAUGUACGUACCCCCUUCUGUAUGCCCUUAAAACCAUAGAAAACACGUUGCAGUCACAUAUUUCACCAGCUCCAUAUAGGUUUCAUGGAAAAGUACAGCAUAUUGUAUGUUUUAUAGCUUGUCUUUCUCUUCCUGGUGCAAAACGGUGGUAGGGGGUGGAGUUCAAGAUUCAGCGCAAACACCACGCUUCUUGCUUAGGUUAUGGUGGGAGGAGGUACAUUUUUCAUGUAUCAAAGGGACACAGUAAGCUCCAUAACCUUUACACCCUGCUGUAGUAGUGUUGGUGCCACCAUGGCUCUGGUGCUGUCCCAGGCUCUGUGACAGUUUGACGUAAACUAGGCUAAGGUUUCUACAGUUCCCAUUGCAAGGCCCUUAGUUCAGCAUAAUUUUAACAGACACUGCCAAUAGAUACCAAGUAAGGAGCUGGGUUCUGCUCAUCUGGGAGACCCUUAAUUUGUGUAAUUUCUCUCAAAAAGUUUUGACAUAGGACCAGUAAAAUGCAGCAGGGGCAUGCUGGCAUGUUGACUAGUACAGGAGCAUGCAGCUCCUUGCUUGGCCUCUGCUGAUUGAGUAUGCUAGAACCAGCAUGAACUGAUCAAGUCCUGCUUUAAAGCAGCUCUCUAAGAUUGUUUGUUUUUAUUAUAUGAAAAUAACAUUCUUUAGCCAUAUUUGACCAAACCUUUUUUUUUUUUAAACGUGCUUUGUUGUACCGUACUAUUUUUAUCAAUAUCCUCAACUCGUGCAUUGUGAAAAAAAAAAAGGGAUUUCUUAAGCCCUGAAUGCCAAUUAACAUCCUGACUGGCUCACACUUGACCCUUAGAAGGAAGGAUUAUAAUCUUGUAGUAUAUAAUUCUAUUAUUUACCUUAAAGCAAUGCUGUCUCUUCCAUGGUCUUUGUAUUUGUUUUGCAAAGAUCCCCCAAAGUUUACACCUUCUCUUACAUAGUGGUGGCCAAGGGAAAGGGUCAGGUAAAAUGAACAUCUUUCUCGUGGCCCUGUCAACUUAUUUAGCUUGGUCUUCAGCUCUUGGCUACCUUAGCACAGGGCUUGACAAAUUUGCUUUGAAUAUAGGAGCCAGCAAAAAAAGUUAGAAGCCAGGUUUUUCAAUGUCAAAAACACAAUUCAGAGAAAAGGCAGUAUUUACAUUGUUGCCUAGUAACACUUCUAGUGAAAGUCACUCAAACAGCCUCUAGAGUGCAUCCUGGGUCAGUGCUGAAUGUGUCCCAUAGAGAUGCAUUCAUUCUAUUCAUGAGGAGAUGCUGACUGGCGCAGCAUGGCAUUUUUCCACACAUGCGUAAUAGCCUCCCAAUGCUUUCCUAUGGGAUUGGCUGAGAUUAUCAAGAUUGAUGAUCGCAGUCACAGAGACAGGGCCAGCUGCGAUGAGACCAGCACAGCGUGGGGGGAAAAAGGUGAGUAAAAACCCCUUACACAUGUGAUUGAAGGGGGACUAGUCAUCUUGACACACACUCACUCACUGACACACACACACUCACAGACCCACACACACUCACUGAAACACACACACACUCACUAACACACACACACACACACACACACACUCAAACACACUCACUAACACACACACACUCACUCACUGAAACACACACACACUCACAUUCACUGUCACUGCAAUAACAACACACAUUAAGGUGAUCACCCAGCCUACCUAGCUGGAGCUGGAGUAAUUUCCCUGGUGUCCAGUGGGUGUUUCAGUCAUCUCCCAGCUCUGCUCCAUAGAGCGCUGUUUAGUGAUGCCGGGGCCGGAAUGACGUCAUAUUCUGACUCCUGGCAUCACUGGAGGACGCGCGAGGGAGCCGAGCAGGUUACAGCUCCCUCGCGCGCUUGCCUUUCUGUCUCAAUCCUCCAGGACCCUUCAGCCCGGGCGAGCACCCCACACUCUCUAUCAGAUGGCUGGCUGACCGACCGCAAAUGCUCUCCCUUUAGCCGGCUUACCACCUCGGGCUGAAUGGGCCAACAAAUUGGCUGAAUGGACCUAAAAGAUUUGUUAAGCCCUGCUUAGCAUCUAGAAGCUGUCAUGCCAUGGUGUACUCACGUAUAAAUGAGAAAAUGAGGCCUAUGUAAAAUCCUAUAUGACUAUGGGAUCUUUCAUUCAUGAUCUCGUACAUGUGUAAUGAGAUGCCUGUAUUUAUUAUGCUAAUAGAAAAUGGCAACAUUUGGGGUCAGAAGCUGUUUUAAGCUCCAGUUUAUACUUUAUGUUAUGAUAUAUUUUGGUUGGGUAUUUCACAUCAAUUUAAGUUAAAAUUCAUAAGCUUUAUGUGUUUAUUAAAAAACUCACAAUUGACAGUGCUACUUGAACAUUUUAUUUUUCAUUUUUACAACAGAUGAUUUUUUUAUAGAAUUGAAUUAUUCUAAAAUACAAUUGUAAUCAAAUGUUUUAAGUUCCCAAUUCAUGAAUUCCUCCUUCCAAUGGAACUUAAUAAAUCUGUUUUCGGUGCUGAGUUCCCUUGGUGCUGACUUACUUAAGGUGUUAACUGGUUUUGAACAGUUGUUGUCCAAAGCAACAAUUUUGACUUUUCUCUAUGACAGCUAAGUAGAAUAGAAGAGGAACAGUGUGGAUGGGCUCCCGAGUAUCCAGUUUUGUUGUUAAAGCGAAAACGGUUUAACUCAAGCUGUAUCCUCGAAGGAGAAAUUUUCACUCCGUUUCGUGAAUGCAGAGCUACUGAUAGGCUGAGAGCUGAGGCUCUCAGCGUGGCAACAGCACCUGGUCUGAGCCUUCCUGUUUGUAGCCUCACACUGGAACAGAAGUGAAUUGGACAGAGUGUCAGGAUUACUAGUUGAUCCAAUACGCAGAACUGUAUCACACCUAGGACUAAAAGGUAAAGGUCUUACCGGGCCUUAGAAUAGCCGUAUUUAACGUACCAAAUAAUAGUCAGAAUACUUGCUGAGGUCGGGGACACAGAAUGAGACACAACAAUUAGGGAAAGCCAAAAGUCAUGGAUACCAGAAUACAGGGAAGUCAAAACGAUCCAAAGUCAAUAACCAGAAAUAAACGCUCAGGACCACACUCUCGGACAACCACUAAGGGAAACCCCGACAGGGCAAUGAGGGAAGGUAAGAAAGAGUUUAAAUACGUCUCAUUUAAAUCCGAUUGGCCGUGCCCGGCUUAUGACCCCAGAACGUGCGUGCGCGAACUUUGCGUGACGUCACACGCACGUUGACGUCGUCAAUACCGUAGGCGGACGCGGGGCUUCAAAUUGGUAUGGAUCCGCAUAUAUACAAAUAUUACUGUUGCACACAUCUGUGCUUUGUGUCACUGACCAUUUGAUACUUGCACUGAAAGUAACUAGUUUAUCUGCUUUUUGGAGAAAGAUGUCUGAGAUCAAAGUGGUCAAACCAGUAUUUUCUAAGUAGCUGCCCAAGGCAAAACAUGCAUAAUAUUUGUCUGCCAGGUACUACUAGUUGGUCGUGAAACUGCUUGCUAGACUGCAGGCAGGAUUAACUUGGAGCACGUAAUUUGAUAUACUCGCUGUGCUUAAAAAGAAAAUCUCUCCAUUAUACUUCAUACUUUUUGAUGUCAAGGUAGAAAAUGGUCAGAAGUCGUGUUUGGACAUUUUGGAUCAAAAAUAAUGGUGAGCUUAAAAUAUUUUUCCAUUAAUAUUAAGCCACUGAAAGAAGAUUUGCAGAAGUGUCAAUUGACUUAUUUGCAGUGUAGCUUGCUAGAGAUUCUGGGCAUUUCUUUACUAAGGAUUUUUUUCGUUAACAGACAUUAAGUUAUGGAAACAGGGAAUCUUUUCUGACUAGUGGAUACCAAAAUGCUGGGUGUGCAGCUUUUCAGAAAAAAAAAUACAACUAUUUAGUUACAAUGGAUUAUUAUUGGACAUCAGUGGAAAAAAAGGCUGCCUUUGGCAACAUAAUGAAACUUAUUUUAUUUCUACUGUAUUAGUUAUAUUACUUCUCUCUUCUUGGCCUGAAGAUUCUCAUAAGAAGCGUCUGUGAUCUGCACAGCUUUCCAUGCACACUUCUCGAUGAGCUGUAAUACAACUCAUUGUGUAGUAAAAGCAGGUACGUUCUAGCCAUGCUCAGUGGAGCUAACAGCUGGAGAGGUUUUUUACAAAAGUCCCUCUUUCUGUUUGUUCCGUUAAAUGCAUGCCUUAUGGGCCAUCAAUAUAGUCUUUAAAGACUUAUUAGCAUUAGAUUAGUUAUCAGCACUGUGCAGUUUUGCUUUCACUAAACAAAUGGUGCAUCCUAUUUUGAGGUGGGGGUUUUAUGGUGAAAUUAUGAUGUCCCCCGGAUUUAAGAGUUAUAGUAUAGUUAAAAUUUAUGUUGGUGGAAGAGUACAUAAUGAUCUGAACCGACAACAACAAUUCAGAAAGCUGAAAGAAAGGCACAAUUAUUGCAGAACUGUUCUAAUCAAGUAAGACAGCAUAAACCGGUAUUGUUCAGCAAGAUCACAUGUGACUGGAAACAUGAGUAAAGUUCACUUUUCAGGUGUAUGUUAUCACGUAUCAAGAUGCAAAGCGACGUGUCAGUAUGGCUCUUUGACCACACCACAAGUAUGCAUCAUUAGAUUUUUUAACAGUUUCCUCAUCUUGCAUCGACAUUAGUGGAUGCAGGCUUACAGCUACAGCAAUUUUUAAAAACUGGUGAGACUGACAUAUGCAAAGAGCAAACAUUGUUAUGGUACUUAGAGUGCCAAUUUAAUAGGUAGACUGGGUGGCUCAGUGGUGACAUGUUGCCAGGAUCCUGUUCUAAUGAUGUGAUACUAGUUUUGGAUUCACUUUGGACCGUUUAUGUCAAUGCUUGACAUGUACAAAGUGUAAUGUAGGAAAAUUAACAUUACAGGUGAAAAUAGAAGAGUGAACAAAAUGUAUAGGGCGCAAAUCAAAAGGGGGCAUUAGGGUAAAACACACAGGAGUUAUAUAAUGACAGAAUAAUAACAAAAUACUGGAGAAAGAAGAAGCAAAAACACCCAAAUCUUACAGAUCUAGGAAGGCACAGAGAACCAUAAGUGAGCUAGUGUAAAGAUUUUGAAGAAGAGCAUUUGGACUAAAGUUAAAUAAUUUAGGGAAUGUUUUUGUAGCAAUAGAGUGUGCAGGAAUGUUGAUACCGGUUUCCCUGAUUUACUGCUUUACAGGGAAAAAGUCCCAUGAUCCCCGAGAAUAUGACCCCCUCACACAGGCCGACAGUGACGAAAGUGAAGAUGAUCUUGUCAUCAACAUCCAGCAGAAUGGAGUCCAGAACGGGAAAAGCAAUCGUGCAUCAUCUCAUGACCCAGACUCAGAUGCUGAAGGAGUCUCUAAGAGAGUUCAGCAGAGACCAGUAGACAGUAAACUUGAUGGAUUGUCUACACCAAGUGGACUAGAUCCAGAGCUUAAGGCAACUAACUCUGUUUUGUCAUAUGUGCGAACAACAGUGUUCAUUCUCACAGUGGUUAUUUGUAUGAUCAUGGUACUUGUCUGUGCAUUUCUCAUCCCUUGUCCUUUCAGCGGCCAGCAUAAUUUUUGGACACUUAAUGUGGGAGAGGAAACAGGUAAGGAUGCAUUACAAUGUAUAACCAUAAACACUGUUGUUAACAUUCAUAACUUAAAGGGACACUCCACUGUCCAAAUACAAGGAGGUGGUCCGAGGGCAUGGCCAAACACCCUGCUGCCAUUCAGCAUCUUGAAUCAAUGCAUCUCUGUGGGGAAAGUUCAGUGUCUCCAUGUAGAGUCUCUGUGCAGCACCGCCCCAGGAAGCACCUAGUAGCCAUCUAAGGAGUAGCCACUGGAGAUGUCCCUAGGCAGCAAUGUAAAUGCUGCCUUUUCUCUGAAAAGACAGUGUUUACAGCAAAAAGCCUGCAGGGACUGACUACACUCACUAGAACAACUACAAUAAGCGGUAGUUGUUCUGAUCACUAUAGUGUCCCUUUAACAUUUGCCUGCCUGGAAUUCUUAUUAUGAGCUGGAUAAUAAUAGGUGGCAGAGGUGAAGUUACACCUGCGGCAGCAUCAUCAAGGAUCUAUGCUUGUGCGUAGAAAUGCAUGGUCCUUGCAACAUGACUAUUUCAAAGCACUACUUCAACAUCCAAUUUAUCACUUACAUUUUGUGUUGUGAAUGAUAUAAAUAAUGUGUAGAGGAGAAGUCAAGAUAACAUUUAUUUUGUUAGGAACUUAUGUAAUAUUAUUGUAACAUUCUGUUACAGUCACAAGGUAUAAUCUUAGUGACCUUUAAGAAAAGAGAAGUUUAAGGUUUGCGUGUUUGGUUCACAGAAUAUGGCAUGUUCUAGAUUGUGUUUGUAAAUAAAUUGGUGGCUGAACGAAUAUAAAAAUGGUAAAAAGAAAGCUUAGUAGCUAUAAUUUCCAUGAAAUGUAUACUCAGUUUAAUAUGGUUAUAUAAAAUAACACAUUGUACUAAAUAUAUAGGAUUCAUUUCACUACAGAAACCAGAAAAAUAAAGUGCAGACGAUAUAGCAUAUCUGAAGCAUAAAUGUUUCUUUUGAAAAAAACAAUGAUCGGUUUGGGUUUUACAUUCUGAAAUCAAAGCUCUACUUUUUUGGACUUGCCCACAGGUGUCCUUUCUCCACUUGAGCUGUUUGAUGUGAACAAGGAUGGUGUUCCAGACAUCUUAAUGUCUUUUUUAUCAUCUGAAACCAACGUAACUAUAGGUAAACAAUUGCCUUUAACAAGAUGAUUUUGCUAUUUUGACAUCCGUUAUUACAAGAGCUACCUACAUGCAGUUAUUUUAUGGAAAAAGAUAGGUCCAUGAAGAUACACAAUUACUCCACCCUGAUUUCAUUUGAUUAUUCCUUUAAUUUUCUCUUUUAACAUUUUCAAUCUUUUUUUUUUUUUAUGAUUGUAGACAAGUCUAGACGUCAGUUGUUAGUAGCAGCCAUUUCAGGUAUUAAUAGCAGCAUUCUAUGGAAUGCUCACCUGCCAGAGGAUAUUCGCAGCAUUCAAUGUGGGAAAUUAACUCUCGGACCAGAGCAGAACGACACAUGUCUCUUAACGGGGACCUCCAAACUUCUUCAAGUGAUCAGUGCUUCUACAGGUACCUGGCUCCAUCCGUUUUAUUUUACUGGUAUUACAUUCUCAGAAUUGCCUUUGAUUGUAUUUUGACUCUACCUACAUUUGCUCCUUAUUUACUACUGUAACUCUGUACAUAAUAUCUUUCAGGAAAUAAAUUAGACGAUGGUAAAAUAUAGUUCUCUUAGAAUUAAAGGGAACCUGUAGGCACCCAGACCACCUUAGCUCAUCUAAACGACUAUGCAUGAGGACUUCUAGCGUCGCCAGAAUUCCCAUAGGAAAGCAUUGAAUAAUGCUUUACUAUGGGGAGAUCCUAAUGUGAGCGAGGCCAUUGCCGCGCAUGCGCAUUAGGUCUCCCCUGCAGGGGAGGAGCGUGGGUGGAGCCUGACCCAGUGCUGAGGGGCAUCGGCACUGGAUUCAGUAAGUGUCUGAAAGGGUUUUAACCCCUUCAGCGACGUGGAAUUCUACAGUGCCAGGAAAACGGGUUUCUUUUCCUGGCACCAGAGAAUCCCUUUAACUUUGGGUGAAAUCCCACUGAUCUCCAAGUUUACCAUGCUUAACAAAACUGCUGUAGAAAGAGGCAUACUUAUUAUAAAGAAAAUUUAGUAUACAGCUGGCAUUAAAUUUGCUACACAAUCCAUGUUUUAUGGGAAGAUCUAGACAGGCUUUAUUUUUGUACAGAGCACUGAGUUUGGGAUAGAGCUUGGAGAAUAGCUAUUUUUUUUUAUUUUUUUUUGCAAAUUUCUUUUUUAUUCAGGUAAUGAGCAAGGUUAUAGCAAAUAUUUUUCACAAGCUAAAAGUAGAUAACUAACUUGUCACAUUAUUAUGUUGCAUCUAUGACAGAAGUUACAUAGAUUGCAUUGCAGCUAUGUGAUGUAAUGAAAUAGAACAAUACCUCCUUUAUAAAUUGAAAUAAAUUUAAGCAUUUACACAAUUAACUAAAGAUCAGCAUAGCAGAUUAAAGGAGUGUAAUAGCUGAGAUGCAGAGUCAGAUGACCACUGGAGUAUGAUUUGGCCUAGAAAAAUAAAUUAGGUUAACAACCAAAGCAAAGAAACAAAAAGGGCUACAGAGACAGCUGGUGAGUAGAUGCUUAGGCUCCCCUAAACAUCAAAUCACAUGAUUCCCAACUCUGGGAAUCUGCUCAGCUGUCCUGGAAAACCCUGCAAACCCAGUUGCCAACUGUUGGGCUACAGUGUGCCCCCUCGACCCCAGGCAGCAACACGAGCCAGCACACAGUGCUCACCGAUCCAUCCACUUUCUGUGUGCAGAUCAGUAUUCUUUUUAUUUUUUUCAGAGCACCUGCCUUGCAAAGACUUCUCAUUGAGCUGCAUUGGGAAGUCUGUGAGUGGACAGACACAGAAAGUCUUUGCUGGGUAAGAAGGAGGGGAGGAGGGAGUUUUCAUAUGUUUCAGAUAAGAAAUCUGAGACUAUGAAAGCUGUUUUUAGAUGUACCGCAAUGAAUAAAAAAGUAUAAUGUAUUCAUUGGGAGUGUAUUCACUAAACAGUGAUUUAAAUUUUUUAUUUGGUCAGUGGAGUGUCCUUUACAUUGGGGAUUAGUUAAUUUAAGUCGUUUGGGCUAUGUUCUGAAUACCAUGGUAACUGUUUUUCCAGUAUUUAAACCGUUAACGCUGUUAGGGCGUUCAAUGCCAUCCCCAUUAUAAUGGGCUUUAAAGCCGUUACGGUGGCAAAGUAAGCCAUAACGGCUUCGAGCCUCAGCUCCCAGCUCCUACUCACCUCCGCUGCGAUCCGCUUCCCCUCCUCUGCAAUUUAGGACCCCGGAGGCCAAGUGAUCGCUCUCAAAAGAGUGAUCACUUGGCAAGCAUAGCUGCCUAUGCAGCUGCCUUCAAGGGUACUGCCUAAACUGACAGGCAGAGGUGAAUUACGGUUAAACAGACAUAUAGUCAAAUUCCAAGUUUUGUUUACGUUUUAUUUUGAUUAAAACAUGUACAUUUGGCUCAGUCCUUAAGGGGUUAACGGGAUAAAGACAGCUAAUUUUUAGCACAUGCAUACAUCUGAGAAUUCAUCCUUUUACACAGCUUCAAAUUUUGAUAAGCUUAAUUUACUUGUAUGUAAGAUUAUGUCAUCGGUGUACAUGUGCAUAGCUAACGCUUUGCAGACAGAAGGGCUAUUAAAAUAUAUAGAAAAUAGAAAGGAGCCAAGUAUUGUUCCAUGAGGAACUCCACAUGUAACUGAGCGAGUCAGAGAAGCUGCCAGCAAAUGAACAUGUGUUAGGCCUGUCAGAUGAUAAUAAUAAUGAUUGAAAACCGUUUAGAACCUUAUAUCCUAUACCUGAGUUUUUUACUUUAUUUAGUAAGAUCGCGUGUUCUACUUCAUCAAAGGCCUUGGCAAAAUAAAGAACAAUAUCUCUUGCUCCGUGCACACUUUUAGGAGACUAUUUACUGUUGAGUGAAUCAAACCAAAAGCAAAAUUAAAAUGAAGAAUGCAAUUUAGACUGUUACUAAUAUCUGCACUAGAUAGGGAUACAUUUGUUUUUUACAGCACUGAGGGGAAAGAUAGACACUAAGGACUGACUUCUCUUGACACAGUAAGGGUUCACACUGCAUCCUGAAAAGUACUUCCACAUAAGUCUAUGGAAAACCUGCUAUUCGGUAGGCAGAGAUAAAUACAGCUUCAUCUUAAAUAAUAGAGAAUCAUAUUUCAUCUAUACAUUGUGCUAGCAAGAUUGUUAGUAAAUGUCUAGAUUUCUUUAAAAUCCGAGGUUAAAAAAAAACCCUUUCCAGCUGCUUUCAGUCAGUUCAGUCUUUGCUGAUCUGGACAUAGAUGGCUGUGCUCUGCAUGCCUUUUAUCAGGAAAACCCUGAAUUCAGCCUAAGGGAAAACAAUGGUAAGCAAGUCUGUGCUUCCCAAAUAGGGAUAUGAAGGAGAGGUGUGUCUUACAUCAAGUGUAACACCCACUCAAAACACGAUUGAUGCACUAAGCAGGAGACGGGGGAAUGGAAAUAGAUUAAAUUAUGAGCAUUUAAUAGUGUUAAGGAAGAAACACUUAAAGGACCACUAUAGUGCCAGGAAAACAUACUCGUUUUCCUGGCACUAUACUGCCCUGAGGGUGCCCUCACCCUCAGGGUCCCACUCCCACCGGGCUCUGGGGAGAGGAAAGGGGUUACCUUUUUUCCAGCGCCGGCGGGGAGCUCUCCUCUCCGCCUCCAAUCCUCCUCUUCGGCUGAAUGCGCAUGCACGGCAGGAGCUGCGUGCGCAUUCAGCCGGUCUCAUAGGAAAGCAUUCAUGAUGCUUUCCUAUGGACGCUGGCGUCUUCUCAGUGUGAUUUUCACAGUGAGAAGCACGCAAACGCCUCUAGGGGCUGUCAAUGAGACAGCCACUAGAGGCUUUAGAGGCUGGAUUAACCCAUUUAUAAACAUAGCAGUUUCUCUGAAACUGCUAUGUUUAUAAAAAAAAAUGGGUUAAUCCUAGAGGAACCUGGCAUCCAGACCACUUCAUUAAGCUGAAGUGGUCUGGGUGCCUUGAGUGGUCCUUUAAUUGUAUAGCAUGAGUCAAGUCAGAUCGUUAGGAAACUGCAAACAUAUAUUUGUCAUGACAGGUUCACUUUAUGAUAUCCAGCCUUAAAGGGAUACAGCAGUGCCAGAAAUACAAAGCUGUAUUCCUGGUACUACCAAUCCCUCUGCCUCCCCCCCUGCCCCCCCAUGCCCCCUCCUACCCAGUAAAUAAAGGGUUAAUAACCCUUUAUUUACUUACUUUAUCCCAGCGAAGAUGUCCCCCGGUGCUGGUUCGUAGCUUCGCCUUCUCGUCCGUCCCGUGACGAGCGGGGUCUAAUGCGCAUGAGCGGCAAAUGCCGUGCGCACAAUAGACUUCCCCAUAGGAAACGAUUGAAUCAGUGCUUUCCUAUGGGGAAAAUUCUGACGCUGGAGGUCCUCAUGCGCCAGAUAACGGACAGAGGGCAGACUUAGUGCAGCAAUGCGAAAGGGACACAGCACCCAGACCACCUCAAUGAGCUGAAGUAGUCUGGGUGUCUACAGUGUCCCUUUAAAGGGUCACUAUAGUCACCCAGAUCAUAUAAUUUCAAUGAAGUGGUGCAGUGUCUCUGUCCUUUUUACCCUGCAAUGUAAAUCAUUGCAUUUUUUUUUUAGAAACUGCAAUGUUUACAUUGUAGGAAUAAAUCCACCUCUAAAGGGUGUUAGUAUGACAGCCAAAACUCAGUCACAUGAUGAAGACGCCCCCAUAGGAAACCAUUGGCUUGAUGCUUCUCUAUAGGUAAGUGCACAUUAGGUCUUCAAUGCUUCUCUGUGAGGAGCAUUGGAUUGUACAUCAGCAUAGGAAGACAUGCCUCCUUCAUGACAUCAUGGGAGGCGGGGAGGUGAACAGAGCUGAGGGAGCUUCCGCACAGGAAAAAGGUGAGUAAAACGUUUAUUUUUUUUAUGGCAAACAGGUGAGCUAGGUAGAUUUAGGGACAAGGACACUAGCAUUAGGAAUACAGCUUUGCAUAUAGUGUUCCUGUAAUUUGGAGUUGCAACCUUUAUGAAUUGGAAUGUCAAUUUGUCCUGCAGAUCUCAGAUAUCUAGCUGAAUGCGAGUGAUUCAUUAGUUAGGUAUUGAGUAGGUUGGGCACUAAGCCCCAGUAACAUAUCAGGGAGGCCUGGCAUGGGAUUUAGUAUUAAGUUUAAGAAGAUGUUUAGUUAUAUAACUAACAGACUGGCUUAAAUUUUAAUUACUGGCUACAUCCACAACUGAAACUUUUCAGUGUUUCCUAUAAUUGCUUUUUAUAAAUAAAAUCCUUACAAUCUGGGCUUUGAUAUCACUUGAUAUCUUUUAGCAGGAAAGACAGACAGGUUUUACAUUCACAAAUUCACAAAAUGUGCAAAUCACCAGGACUUUCAGCUUACAAAGUGAGCAGACACAAUGAAUAGGAAUAAGGCUGCAAAUGCAAACUCCUAACACUCUGACCUUUAUUCACUAAAGAUGGACUUACAGAAAACUGAUAAAGGAAUCAUCACAUUUAAGCCAAUGCAGCUAUUUUUCACACUCAGCUAUUUUUGCCUAAAAUUUUCUAUUAAUUUCUGCACAUAGCCGUCUGGCUAUGUGGCUUUGUAUGUUUUGCGGCCUGGACUCCGGGAGAUGCGGCCGAUCUCCCGGCGUCGGGCUCACUCCUCGUGCAGAUCACCCUGAAGCCCUGCAACCCCCCUUUGGAACAGUGGGGGAUAUCCCGGUCCCCAUUGGGAAAACCCAACCCUCAGCAGCAGCAAGGUCCCCGCUCAACGGACGACCGCAUGGCAUGGACAAGAUGGCUGCCGCGUGGCAAAACUCACAGCACCAAGAGCGCCCAGAAACCCAGGCUUGGAGAGAGCGCUUUGAAAUGAUCAGUCAGGAGUUCUCCCGCAGACAGCACAGUACUACUCCGCUUUACAUGCCUGUGACUAGAGCUGCCGAGUCGGAAAACCGAUCUCUAUCUGUACUGGGGGCACACAUGAAGGUAACGCCCACUCAUCGACCACACACCAAACGGGUCUCCCGCUCCUUGGCGAGCAUUUGAGCUCUAGCUCCUGCUAAUAGGUGGAGGAAGGUCCGCGGUCCUGCUGUGACAGCUCCACGUUGUGAAUGCCGAAAGAUGAGAUCCAAAGCAACAGUUGCAACUUGCCUAAGGAGCAAUGCCAAGCUACAGCCUGCUAGGCGAAUAUCUACAACAUUGCUGAACGCGAAGAGGUGGAAGAAGUCUGCUAGAAUCCGCAGACACGUUCCUGCUGUGAACUAUUACCAUUGGCACACCCUUGGAGGGAUCUUAUCCAUCGUAUGGACAAGUAACAUGGAGGAGGAUUGCUGCCCCAGGGGAUGAUCCAUGGUAAACCACAAGCUCACACUUACCUGGGUUCAUCAGGGACAGAUAGCGCCUUGCAGCCCUCCUGCCUGACUGGAUACUCCACGGAACGGGACUGUGUGCUGCCAUUGGUUAGCUGAAAAUGCAGGGUCUUUCUCGGCCACAGGUCUCCCUCUACACCAGGCCACACACAACCAUACCCAGAUCAGCCAGUCUAGCUUCAGAAUUAAUACCUCUGGCUGAGCAGGCACCCUGUGCAGUUAUUAUGCUCCAUUGUUUUAUCUUGUUACCCACACUGCAUAGUGCUAAUCGUAUUUUCCUUUUACUACAGUUAGUCAUGUCUGUAAUGCAGGGUUUCCUAUAUUCCUACUCACCUACACCUAUUUAGUGACAAGUACCCAGUGGCAUUAUAUCUCCAGUGUUAAUACUUCAUAGGCGUGUGCAUAGGGUGUGCCUGGUGUGCCUGGGCACACCCUAAUCCCCGUGGCACGCGCUAUCUGCCUGGUGAGGGAGAUCAAAGAUCAAAGUGAGCAGACACAAUGAAUAGGAAUAAGGCUGCAAAUGCAAACUCCUAACACUCUGACCUUUAUUCACUAAAGAUGGACUUACAGAAAACUGAUAAAGGAAUCACCACAUUUAAGCCAAUGCAGCUAUUUUUCACACUCAGCUAUUUUUGCCUAAAAUUUUCUAUUAAUUUCUGCACAUAGCCGUCUGGCUAUGUGACCUUGUAUGUUUUGCGGCCUGGACUCCGGGAGAUGCGGCCGAUCUCCCGGCGUCGGGCUCACUCCUCGUGCAGAUCACCCUGAAGCCCUGCAACCCUCCCUUUGGAACAGUGGGGGAUAUCCCGGUCCCCAUUGGGAAAACCCACCCAUCAGCAGCAGCAAGGUCCCCGCUCAAAGAUCUCCCUCACAGACCCACUGCAGCAUGGAGGGAGGAAGGAGAGGACCGGGGGAGCUCUUGCCAGCAGCUCCGCCGGGUUCCUCUUGUGAGGUCGAAGCGUUGCCUUUGCAACGCUCAGAUCUCGCGAGAGUGAACUCUAGCCCUGCAGCCUGCGGGGCUAGAGUUCACUCACCACUGGACCACCAGGGAUGGCAGCAGCACGGUCCCCCCUCCCUACAUAAGGUAAGAAGGGAGGGGGGAUAUUAACUAAAUGGCCCCCCCACCCCACACAUUACACACAAACAGCACACACAUACAUCACCCUUACACACACAGCACCCACACACACACUAACAGCAUCCUUACACACACAGCACCGUUACACAGACAGCACCCUUACACAUACACACUAACAGCACCCUCACACACACAGCACCCACACACACACAACACACAUACUAACAGCACCCUUACACAUACACACACACAGCACACACUAACAGCACCCUUACACACACAGCAUCCUUACACAUACUGACUAACAGCGCCCUCACACUAACAGCACCCACACACAAACAGCACACACACACUAACAGCACCCUUACAUAUACACACACACAGCACACACUAACAGCUCCCUUACACAAACACAGCACACACACACAUACAUCACCCUGACACACACAGCACCCACACACUACCAGCAAUCUCGCCCACACAGCACCCACACACAAACAGCACCCACACACUAACAGCACCCUUACACACAGUACACACUAACAGCAUCCUUACACACACAGCACCCCCCCACACACACACACACACAUACACACACACUAACAGCACCCUCACACACACUGCACCCUUACACAUACACACACAGAGCACACACUAACAGCACCCUUACACACACAGCACCCUCACACACACUAACAGCACCCUUACACACACAGCACCCUUACAUAUACACACAUACACACACACACACUAACAUCACCCACACAUAUACAGCUCCCUUACACAAACAGUGCCCUUACACACACAGCGCCCUUACACACACAGCGCCCUCACACACACACAGCGCCUACACACACACAGCGCCUGCACACACACAGCGCCUGCACACAUACAGCGCCUACACACACACAGCACCCUCACACAUGACACCCUUACACACACAGCGCCUGCACACACACACACACAGCACCUGCACACACAUACAGCGCCUACACACACACACACAGCACCCUCACACACGACGCCCUUACACACACAGCACCUGCACACACAUACAGCGCCUUCACACACACACACACAGCACCUACACACAAACACAGCAGUAUAUGUGUGUAUGUAUAUGUAUGUGUGUGUGUAUAUAUAUAUAUAUAUAUAUAUAUAUAUAUAUAUACAUAUAUAUAUAUAUACACACGGGGCGUGUGUUUAUGCUUUAGGGUGCACACCCUUAUACAAUAGGCUGCGCACGCCUAUGACUAGCAUGUUAUACUAUGAUUCUCUUAGAUUUACUUAACUCCUACCUAGCAUAUACCAUGCUUUGUGCACUACUUUACUUUUCUUUAAGCCUGCCCCCUCUCAGAUCCAAUCUUUAGAUCCACAGUUCAGCCUGUUUAUUAUACCCAUAAAAAUGUGCAAUUUCUUCAAAAGCCAUGACACGAUAUCUUGAUGUAUGUUCCUAAUAUGCUAGUUACUGCCGUCAUAGCAUCUCAAGCUUGUAUGUCAAUCUUUUCACAGUAAUAAUAAAGAAUAUAAAAAUAAAAAAAUGUUGAAAUAAAACAUUGUCAUGAAUAAAGUUUAAAUUAAACUUGAUAUACUUUUUCUCUUUCACCUGUACAUGUUUAUGUGUGCUGUGGAGAGAUGUGGAGAGAUGCUUGACAGAGUAAAAGAUUAAUUACAUGAGUUGUCUGGUCAAAUUAACAGGCUCCUUGUUUUGUCUUCUUUUAAGGAAUAACUUUGUGGACAAUGAGUCCAAGUCAUGUUUCUAGCGGAACAAUGGCAGCACCUGCUGUAAUACUGCCAGACCUGGAUAAUGAUAACACCAAUGACUUGCUGGUACUCACCAUAGGCGAGACCCAGGUAAUACACUGUAUAUAUUGUACAUUAUGCGAUUAAAGUAACCAAAGGAGCAAUGUUUUAAUAAGGAAAUUGUCCUCCAAGUAAACUGAUUGUGUGAUGUUAUCUAUUUAUUUACAUGUCAUGCAGAGUAUCUUAUUACAAUGGAUAGCUCUUAAUCUGAUGGCUAGAUAGCUGGGGAUGAAUAAGAACAUGUUCAGAAGAAGACACCUAGCCUUAAGUCAGUCUUCAAAUUACAUACAUAUUAAAGCUACAGUAACACAAUUUACCUUGUUUAGCAUUCAUGCUAUGAGUUGUACAGAUCUUCUGAAACUGCAAAUAUUGUACUGGAAGCUACUGCACCGAUAUCAUUGGGACACAGUUUAGAUUAAAUUGUACUGGAAGCUACUGCACCGAUAUCAUUGGGACACAGUUUAGAUUAAAUUGUACUGGAAGCUACUGCACCGAUAUCAUUGGGACACAGUUUAGAUUAAAUAUGUUCCAGAAGAUCUGUAGCAAGCCUGACACAUCAUGCCUUAUUGAUUGAGAUCUGAAGCUCUCUGUCUGAGUGUACGGCUUGGCUUGUUAACUGAAGCAAUCAGCUGACACUCUCUCCAUAGUCAGUAGUGGAGGCUGGGAGCAGUACCUAGCUGACCUCAAGGUGAGAAAUCACACCAGUCUAAAACAAUUUGGCUACUUACAAUGGGCAACCCAGGGCACUCUUUUGAAAUGUUCCUUACUACUUGUCAGGGCACAGUGUUCACUUGCUAAUAGCUAGUGACAAGUGGACAUUUUAAACCCAGCCCAACAUUAAAAAUAAAUAUUAUUUAUUUUUAAUAUACAGUGUUCCUUUAAAAUUAGUUUUUCAUAUCUUUAGAAAGCCUAAUAUGUGGAAGGUUUUACAUAAUCUGUCAAAAUAUAAAAUUAGUGUAUGUAAUUUACCCCAGACUCCUGCUAAGAAACUGAAAAGAACAAAAGAAAAUUGCAUCUCCCUUCUGCCUAAAAUCAAAUCUUUCCAAUCUGAAGUAGUCUUAAUUCAGUCAAGUUAUGGAAACGUGGAAGUAGAUAAUAUUUAUGACUUCUUCAAGAUUCUCUUUCAUGUAUACAGUUUUUCUUCCGAGAUGUCUUUGAAGUCUGUAAUACAUUGGGAAUCUUAGUGUUACUUGCCUUCUUUUUAGUUUUCUGUGUUCUACUGUAAGGUCUCCUGGGUGGAUACGCAUAUGUAGACUUCUGUGUUGUGCUUUGGGUACGGAAUGGAGAAUUUAUAUAUAUAUAUUUUAGUCAGUGCAAGAAUUACUUCAAAAGUGCUGUAAUCUGGAUCAGGACUGUGUGGAAAAAAAGUAACACGCUGUUCUAUUUUUUUUAUUUUUUAUAACCUACUGUCAGCCAGACCUUGGUUUCCUUCUCGUGUCUGGACGCACGGGCAAACCAUUGGGUGUAAUGGUAAAAUAUGGCAUCAUGGGAUACGGCAGACUUUUGGGACCACAAGCCCACUACACCAGCCAGGGAGCCAUUUACAUUCUUUUUGGACUGGGUAAGAGAUUGCUUUAAUCCAUGCAAUACCAUUGAUAAUAUUUAGUAAUUGUGGAAAUACUAUAACUCUUUUAUGCGUAUUAAUUAGUAGGUUGUAAACUGUCCAUAAUUUUUAGUUUCUUGGUUAAUUAUAUUGUGAAGGGAUACAUCUGCUUUAAUAUUGCAAAUAAUUAGUUUUUCUUCCAACAAUAGCAACCUAAUUAGAAAUAAAACCCUCAACCUACUUUGAUUCAAGUUUGCUAUUACAUUUGGGUAUAUUUGCUAGACAUACAGUUCCCAAGGACAUAGAUUGGCCCAGGUAAUUCCCCUCCUCUUCCUACAGAGGAAGCCCCUAGUGCAGUUCAAACCUUCCCCAUGAUUUCUUUAUGAUUUAGAUGAUUUUUCAUGCUAUGCAAGAACACUUAAUUACAAAAAAACUCACAGAAAUUAAAGGGUUGAAGAUGGCCCUGCUCAAAUGAGCUUACAGUCUAUAGGAGGUGGGGUAUAAAACACAUUAGGACAGGGAAUAGAAGUCAAAUUAGGUGGGAGUGGAGCAGAGCUGGAGGAGAGAGUAGAGUGCUGCCCUUUAGGAGAGAGAAAGAGGCAGGUAUGUGAGGUAGAGGUUAGUCUGGGAGGCCAUAGGCUUUCCUAAAGAAAUGAGUUUUAAGGCACUUCUUAAAUGAUUGAAGACUAGGGGAGUCUGAUGGUGGUAGGCAGGCUAUUCCAUAGGAUGGGAGCCGCCCGCGAAAAGUCCUGCAAGCAUGAGUUGCCCAUACGGCUAUGAGCAGAGGACAGAAGAAGGUCACGGGCUUAUUGUUUUUGUUUUGCUUAGUAUAAUUAUUCCCUUCAGGCUUUUUGCAGUAAAUGCUGUCUUUUCAGAGAAAAUGCAGUGUUUACAUUACAUCCUAGGGAUACCUUCAGCGGCCACUCCUCAGAUGGCUACUAGAUGUGCUUCCUGGGGCAGUGCUGCACAGUGUGCAGUACUGACAUUUAGUGUCUUCACUCUCUGCAUGGAGACACUGAACUCUCCUCAUAGAGAUGCAUUUAUUCAAUGAAUCUUUAUGAGGAGAUACACUCUCAGCCAAUCCAAUGUUUUCCUAUGUGAAAGCAUUGUGAUUGGCUUUAAAUAAUACUUCUGAUGAUGUCAGCCCAACGGGCAGAGCCAACAGCAGCAGACUGGAAUAAAAGUAAGAUUUUGCGAUAUUAUGGGUGGCAAGGGGGCGGGAGGACCGAGGGGCUGGAUGUUGGUUUUAACACUAUAGAGUCCAGAAUAUAUGUUUGUGUUCCUGACCCUGUAGUGUUACAUUAAAAGUAAAUUGCUGGUUGUGAAAAUAUUCAUUUUUUUUUUUAAAUUUCAGGGAAGGUUCAGGCAGUCUCUUUAAGAGAUAUUUAUGCUCAGGCAAAUAAUCGUGAUAGUUUCCCAAGCAUCUUGCAGAAAAAUGAGCCAGACUGGGAGAAGAGACGAACUGUUAACCUUUCCAAGUUGAUUAAUGUUUACAGGUAAGGCAGCAUUAAAUCAUACAAUUGAGAUUUAUCUGUUAUUGGAAGAAUAAUGAAAGAAGAUUUUGUAUUAAUGAUGUCAUGAAAACAUGAAACAAGGAAAGCUAUGUACUUCUACCUAUUCGAGGUAUUCACUAAAUGUGGAAAGUGCCUCUGAAUUGCAAAUUGUGGGCAUAUUUCCACCCCAAAUUGCCCAAUAAGCAAAUCAUAGCCAAAUUCUGAGAAUUGACAAAAAAGUUCUGUUAUAUUUUGUAACAAAUUGGUUCGAACUAUUUCCAAAUUCUCCUUUUGGAAAGGGGCCAAAUAAUUAAUGCAUGGGUCCAGACUACUAACUAAGCUCCCUCCUAUUCAUACACUCCUACUACUUUUCUUUCAAACGCUAUGUGUGUUGUGGGUUACAUUUAUGGAUGGCAUUUGAUAGUUCUUACACAUAGGAUCUGCAUAUUCAGUUUAGAGGAACAAUCCAAGCACCAUAACCACUAAUGGUGUACCUUCCCAAUGGAAGUAGUCAAAAUGUUUUAGUAAUCUGCUGGGGAUUACUCCCUGCCUCCACUACACCCAUCAAGGUAGGCUUAGUUCAUUAGCUGAGAGGGCUUAGGAUCGCCAUCAACAGUGUGGAUAUUUAUGAAAAUGCCUUCUGAUUUUACAGUGCUGAGGUGGAGUCCCUGCAGACCAUACCCGUUUCUGGAAGCAACUGUAGCGACUUGCUUAUCACUACGAAAAAUGGCUUGUCAUUGCUGCGAGGUCAAGAUUUAGAUCAAAGAUGGAGUCUCAACCUUAGCAACAUCAGUAGGUUUGUAUCAUAUGAAUAACAAUAUUAUCCAAUACAAUCUUCAUUGUAUUAAUCCUUAAACCUUUUUAAAUUGUCUUGAACUGUACUGAUGGGUUACCAGUGUUACCUGUCUGUGAUUCUGGAAGAUUUUUUCUCAUUUGUAUUUCUCGCCAUAAUUUUUUUCUCCGUUCAUCCUCUUUGUGCCACUGCCCUUCUCCUCAGUGAAAAGGAGAUGGGCAGAAAAGUGAACAAACCUUUAGUAUUUCCCUGUAGUUAUUAGUGUCUCUAUCCAUUUUAUUAUAAGUGUCUCUUUCCAUUGUCUAUUUAGUCUCUCUACAUUUCUCUUCAUGUUGUGCCUCUCACUCCUUAUUUUGAUUUAUCUCUCCACAACUCCUGUGUGUCUCACUGUUCCCAACCCUGACCUCUGUAGUAGCAUUGCGUGGCUUUUAAUUUAGGAUUGGCUGUGCAUUACUUUCUUACCAGCCUCUUUACUGAAACUAUAGCAUGUGUCAAUGGCUCCUUAUUAUAAUGAUUUCAGAAAUACCGACUGCUGUUUGGGUUUUGGCACAUAGCUGAUGGAUCAUCAAACAAUUAUCCAUGAUAAAGGCAAGAAAGAUGUGCCUGCAUUAGUUGUUUUUAUUAGAAGGUUAUUUUGGCGAGGUCACAGACACCCGAUCAAGCAUAAUGCACAUGUAAGUGUAAAACACCUAUAAAAAGUGGAGCACUAAAAUGGGGUAUCUUAACCUUUAAUAACAGUGAUACAAAGGCAGGAGAGCAGUAUAUGCAAAAAUAAAAUAUACAAAAUAUAGUGCAAAUGGUACAAUGUCUACAAGUGAGGUAUAGCUCAGAUAACUAGGAACACUCACAUGAGACAGAGCCUGGUAACAAUAAGGCUCAAUAUUUGCACAGGUUUGCCUUUGCACGUAGCUGCACACCUGACUUCUUAUGAAACCCUACACUCAAAAGGGAGAAGAAAAAGAGGGCACUAAUAGUCCAGCUAUCUAAACCACUCCAAUAUAACCAAACCAGCUGCACGUGCUUAUCUGGAUAGGAGCCAAAUAGGUCCUGGCUCUAGGUAUGUAAGCUUGGUGUCCCUUAUGAGGUAAAGCUGCUGUUUACCAGUGGAUGAAGGUGCUGGAUACUGCUAAAAUAUGCUAUAGAGAUGUAAUAAAAAAUAAAACUUUGUUUUAACAAUUUGUCAAUCUUUAUUUUAUUGAGAUUGAAAUGGUUACAGAAAGUUAAUGCAGACCAGCGUACAGCAGCAUGAUAUGUCAAUAUAGAAUUACAACCCCCCUUUUUUUUUUGUUAUAUUAAUAAUUACAUGAUAAGAACUUUAUCAACACAUGCUUGUAAUGUUAGAAGUAAAAGCAAGAAAAACACAGUGCCGGUUAUUAAGGUUAGGGUAAUAAAAUGCAAGUCAUAGGCACAGAGAGUGAUUUAAAGUGAAAAGAAACCCAUAAGAGGCUGUCACGAACGCACCCUACUUCAAGAGUGGGCGUGACGUAGUUGUGGUGGUGAAAGGGUUAACGUUCACUAUUUGUCUGCACUAGACCGGAAAUAAUGAUAAAAUCCCCCUUAACACCACCCACACUUAAGCAUAAAUAUUACUAUCUUAACGCUGCCACCACCAAGACAUAGCACAAUAUAUAAGCAAUUGCAAAAUACUAAUUAGUCUCUUCAGGUAAUGUGAUUCUUUACCAGACAAAGGCAGAACUUAAUAAAGGAAUAUAAAAAAUAUAGAUGACAAUCAAAUUAGUUACACCAACAACAGAUAAAAACAAAAGGGAGAAAUAACAGUAGUCCUAAUCACUUACUCAGGUUUUCAAUGGGGUAACAGAGUCCAGCCACAAAAGUCUCAAUAUCUGGGCUGGCAGCCCAGCAGAAUGAAGACAGACAGGCACAUUAUGAAAAUUUGGCAGACUUAGUGAUGUCUACCCAAUAAUAUUUAUUAAUAUUCAUAUAAAAACAAUAAAAGUGCAGUAACAGCAAGAAUUAACAGUGCCAAAAUGCGUUUUGCCAAUAAUCUAGGCUUCUUCAGUCAACUUGCGAACAUUGUACCAUUUGUACUAUAUUUUGUCUAUUUUGUUCUUGCAUAUGCUGCCUAUGUAUCACUGGUAUUAAAUGGCAACAUACCCCAUUUUAGCGCUCCACUUUUUAUAGGUGUUUUUCACAUAUGUGCAUUAUUUUUUAUUUUGAUGAGGGGAGUAACCCCACACAAGUGUUUCUGAGCAGCUAAUUGUAUUUAAGAAUUUUUUUUUGCACACUACACCUUGUUGUUUACACCCAAUCAAGCAUGUUCGACUUUUAAUUAAAAAAAAAAUUUUUUAUUAGCAAACUAUUUUAGCUAACACGUAUAGUGAUCUAAUUGUGUCGCUUUUCUCUCCACAGUCUGCCUCAACCUGGAUACUUUAACAAUGAUGGAAAUCUAGAUUUUCUCCUGCAGGUCCAGAGCAAUCAUGUGAAAAAGGUAUGUAAUGCCUCUGUGAUGGUGAAUCAUGUCCUUGUCCCUGGGGUAUUCAUGUGACAUACAUUAGACUUGUAAAACGCCCCCAUUCACCUACAAAUUGAGCAGUUCAUAAUUAGAAUUAACACAAAGCCUAUGUUAUAAAUUGGUCUAGAGAAACUAAUAAAUGCAUCCCAACAACACAAUGAUAUCGUAAGAAACCUUGUCUUUUGAACAAACUGGACUUAGUAAAGGGUCAGCAUAGGCAACAUAAGCAUUUUUCAUUACUGCGUAAUGUUCGAUGCGGAGUACCCCCUGACCUUACUAAAAUUUCUGAGAGUGGGUGACAACCCACCAUGGCUACCAAUCAAACAACCCUCGUUGCCUUAUGUUACUUUAAUUACCUAUGGUUUGUACUCUCGUUUUCAAGUAUGUAAUGCACACACAAUAGAAAUGUCUGUAUAUCUCUCCUCUCUUGAAAAAGACACAUCAUGGACUGCACGUGUCCUCUCCAUGGUUUUCCCAAUAGGAAAACACAAAGCAGCCCACAACAUUUAACCAGCUGUGCAAAAAUCUCCAGUGUUCAAGAUAAACUACAAGGUUUCAUUAGAAAGCUCAGUUACCAUAGAUCAGAAUGAGAGGCUUCUGUUUGAAAUUCUCAUUUUGGUGUUGGAGGGACAACUGGUGAAUGUUCUGCUGGCAAAUCGUGGGUGGAUGUGGAUGUUACUUUGACACGUACCACCUACCUAGAGAUUAUUGCAGACCUUAUACACCCCUUCAUGGUUUUCCCUGAUCUUCUUUCAGUAGGGCAAUGCAAGUUGCCACAGUGCAAAAAUAGUUCAGUAAUGGUUUCAGGAACAUCACAAGGAGUUCAAGGUGUUGCCUUGGUCUCAAAAUUUCCCAGAUAUCAAUCCUAUUGUGCAUCCAUAGAAUGUGCUGGACCAAAAAAAUCUGGUCCUUGGAGGCCCCACCUCACAACCUGCUGGGUCUUGAUGUCAAAUACCAAAGGACGUGUUCAGAGGUCUUGUGAAGUCCAUGCAUCGAUGCAGCAGAGCUGUUUGGGCAGCACUUGGGGACUUAUACAGUAUUAGGCAGGUGGUUUUAAUGUUGUGGCUGAUCAUCAUAUAUAGGCCUGCUAUAUUUAUUUUGCAUGCAUAAGAAGAUUUUAAAUAUGUGUAUAUAGCAAUGCAACAAAGACAAAAAAAUUUGCAUUUAUAUUAUUAACAAUUUAGGCCACAUUUAUUGAGUGUUAUUCAAGAUCAUAAAAUAAUUAUGAUACAUUCCCUAUCAUAUGGUUAGCUAUAUUAUAUUGGGUGGUAUUUCAUUUCAGAUCAUUGUAGUAGAUGGCACUUCAGGUGAAUUUCUUUGGGAAAGUGAAGUCUCUUGGAAUCAGCAAGAAGCUCAGGCUGCGUCUGUUCUGACCCCUGACAGAAAAUCUGUUUUCCUUUUCUGGGGAGAGGGAAGUCCUGCUCCUAAUGGCUCUGUGAGUAUAUUGGAAAGAGCAGAUGUAAUGUAGUAAUAUAUUACAGUGCCCCCACUAAUAUUGGAACCCUUGGUAAAUAUGCGCAAAGAAAGCUGUGAAAAAAUAGAAAUAGAAUCAUAGAAAUCAAACAGUUGCAAAUACAACACAGGUUUAUUCAAAACAAAAUCUUUGUUAAAUAUUUGUUUGGCACAAUUAUUGGCACCCUUUUAGUUAGUACCUCAACAAUUUAAGGUUCUGGAGAGAUUCUGUAUGGAGAAAUGGUCUCAGAUCCAUUGCUAUGUAUUCUCCAACCUCAGCAGGCAUUAUAGGAGAAGGCUCAGAGCUGUUAUCUUGGCAAAGGGAGGUAGCACAAAAUAUUGACUAAAGUGGCGCCAAUAAUUGUGCCACACAUGUAUUUAACAAAUAUUUUAUUUUCUAUAAACGUGUGUUCUGUUUGCAAUUUUUUGAUAUCCAUGAAAGCAGAGUAUUUUUGUGUAUUUUAUGAACAAAAGAUCAAAAACUUAAACAAUAUAUACAAUUAUUCACAUCCCUAUAUUUACCAAGGGUCCCCAUAUUAGUGGAGGGAACUGUAUAUGUAAAAGCAGAAAUUACCAUUCCACUUGCAUUGUAUUUAUGUCAAUCUCAGUAAUCAACUUUUACUUCCCUAAAAGAAAGGCUGAACUGAAGCUAUACAGCCUAUUAGACUAAAUCAGAGAUGCAGACUUUAGAACAUGUAUUUGUUUUGGUGUCUGGCAGGUUCUUCAUACAAAAAACAACCCUCAAUGGAAAAGACAUCUCUAUUUGUUGCAUCCAAUGUACCCUGGUGUUUUACUGGAUCUCUACAAUGUUUCCACAACUAUCAUAGCCUCAGCUGGUAAGUGAGAGCCAAAGUUUGCAACCAAAAUUGUCCUAAUACAGGUAAUAUGACCCGGUGUUAAUAUCCAUUUCUACUAAAGAACAGAUGUAUUAUAUAUUUUGAAUCAAUGGAACAAUAAUCAGAGUUAUUCACUAAAGUGUGAAUUGGCAGCAUUGUCAUCAAAUAGAAUUGUAUAUUAUCGUCAAAAUAGUCAAAUGGAAAACAUAAUUGGUGUGAGAAUUUGGCAUGAAAUCUGUAAUUCAAAUUCUGACAAUUGACACAUUCAUGAAUAACCCUACAAUAUCUAGGAAUAUGUAAUGUGUUACUGUUAUACACAGAGAUCCUUUUUCUCCUUAUCUUGGUAGCUGCUUUGUACAGGGUAAAUAUUGACACUACCUGUUAUGGGAUUAUCUGACAGAUUGCAUUUAUUUUCAUAUAGUUUAUAAAAUCUUAUCUAAUUUAUACAAGCUGAUUGUUUGGAUUGUUCGGAUUGUAUUAAAGUGAAAAUCACCAUUUGUCGUAAUCACCAAUUUAAUAAACUGAACAUACUGGGAAUGGGCUUAGAUAGUGUAAGGGGAUGUGAUGUUGGAUAAAUGAUUCUGUACAGAAAUUAUGAAUGUUUUCCAGAUAAUUUAUACCUAAAAAAAAUUAAUAAAAAAAAAUACACACAUAAUUACACCUCAGACGCACACACACAAAUAGAUCUUUAAACAUACACACAAAGAAUCCCUCAGAACAUACAUAAAUACAGGUACACACUUAGGAAUGUACAUUACACAAAAUUAAACCCCGAGAAAGAUUAAAAGGAGCAUGAAAUAUAAGAGUGCACUCCCACUUUGCUCCUUGAAUUGCUCUGUACUGGCUCCUGGUGGAAGACUCUGCAAAAAACAGUCUAGUCUCAGGUCCCUACUAAAGUGUGCCAAUGCAGGAAGGCCUGUCAAAGAUGUCUGGAAAUUAAACUUUAGUUUCUUACUAGACAGCUCUGACAGGCCUUCUCACAUUACACAGAAGCACAGUUACCUUCAUAGUUACAUUGGCUGCCCUCUUGUGCCUGAUUUGACAACUUACAUUCUUUCUGUGUAUAAUGGCAUUCAUUCUACGUAUAGUCUUCAUACAAUUAACUGCUAUUAUAAUGAUUGACAUCCACCCUGUAUUUACUGGUCCGGGAUUCAGCACUCCUUACCAGAAUGGGAGAAGGGAUACAUUUGCCCUGGUGCUAUUCCCUUGGGUCUGAGCCUGGGGACAACCUUUAAAAGUGCUCCCCUUUCCUUUAGUAUUUAGUAAAAUAUAAACAUUGGGUACAAAGUUACAAUUCAUAAACAAAUUAACCUUGUGUCCUAGAUGUUCCCCUGACUGGAAUCCAACCAUGUUAUUCCUUCUUUGUAAUAUAUCUUUAAACUUUAAAGGAACACGUUAGUGUUAGGAAUACAAAUAUGUAUUCCAAACACUAUAGUGUUGGCUUGGUUGUUUAGGUGAUACCCUCCCCUCCCCCCAUCCUCAAAUCCCAGUGAAAAGGUAGUUUAGUUACUUUUUCUGCCUCAUCCCACCGGUCUUGCUGCGUCUGGCCCCUCCUCCAUGGCUGAGAUCAUCAUUAUUGACAAUCUCAGCCUAUCCAAUACUUUCCCAUAGGAAAGCAUUGAGAGGCUAUUGCACAAUCCCUGCAGAAUGCCCCCCCUAGCCAAUCAGCAUCUCCUCAUAGAUAUGCAUUGAAUCAAUGCAUCUAUAUAGAUGUAUGCAGAGCAUGGAUACGUUGAAAUUAGGUGCUGCACUAGACUGGGAAGCAACUCUAAUGGCUGUCUAAGGGACUGCCACUAGAGGUAUUACUAGGCAGCAGUGUAAGCACUGCUUCUUCUCUGAAAAAGCAGUGUUUACAUUAAAUAGCCUGGAGGGCAGGCCAUAGACACCAGUACCACUACACAAAACUGUAGUGGUUCUGGUAACUAUAGUUUUUCUUUAAUACCACCUAGGGCCCACAGAGGAAAAUGUUUCUACACCUCUUGCCAGCAUUUGUACAAGGUCUCUCACUCCAGCAUAUUAUUCCUCCUUACUACUCCCCGACAAAGAAGGAUUGGUUAUGUUGUGGGCCCUGUACAAAAAGCCACUUUGCCCAGUCGGUGAUUAAAGUCUUGGAAUAUGGUAUAUGUUGAUGGCUAGUCACUGGUGAUAUUCAUUAUUCUUUUUUCACUUUUUUAUAUAUCACCUAGUACUAUAAUGACCCAUCUUGUGCAGCAAAUUUAGAUUUUAAAAUCUGUAGUAUCCAUUACUAAAUGUUAAAAAAAUAAAAAUUUAAUAAAAGAUACAUGACAGUAAACCGUGCAUUAUGAAAACUAAGAACGUUAAUAAAAAUUAAGUCUUUAAGGUGCUAUGGAAACUGCCAUAAGCCACAAGAUUUCCUGCUCAUAGUUUAUGAUGUGUCUUGAACUCAUCAAAAUAUAUAUUUCUCCAUAAUAAUCAGUAUGAAUUUAUUUAUUCUAUAAACAUGAUUUAAAUGUUCUCUUAAAUGAGAUGAUCAACCUUACCUUACUAAACUGUGUCUGCUUUGUUUUCCUUCCCUCGUUAAGUUGGCAUUAAGGAGCUGGAAAAGGACGCCUUUUUUACCAUCCUGACAGCAGAUCAGGAGGUUGGGACAUCAGACAAGCUUGCACAGGAUCUUGUAGUCCACAAGCUCAACAUGAGAUGGGCUCUAUCUCACAGUCGAGCUAUAUCCCUAGGGAGUGCAACAAUGAGGCCUAAAGUAGAAGAUGUGAAAAAGAUUCUUGGUAGAUUGAAGUUCAGCAAUAUUCCACAGAUGGUAAGAAUACAACAUAUCUCAGUACAACAGUUCCUUAUUUAUGGCUAUUGUCAUUUUUACCUCACUCACAGUGUGUAAACGCGUUGUCGUUCGGCAGAACAACCACAGGCCAAAUAUUACAAGAUUAUUCACUAAACUUAGAAUUUUCACAAAUGAAUUAUGAAUUACCAAACUGAGGCAAAAAUAGCCAAGCUGAAUUUGAGGAUUUGUAUAUGGCUGAAUUUGAGGAUUUUUCCAGAUCAGCUAUUUCUGCCUCUGUUUUGCCAUUUGGAUUUAAUUCACAAAAAUAAGAGUUUCGUGAAUUACAUUGUCAGUAUAAAAUACUCGUUUCAAGAGGUGACAGAGUAUUAUUGAAUGUGAAAAAAGGAAAAAUAGGAUACUCUGUUACCUCUUGUACACUAAGAUUCCCAAGAUUUUCAUGUAAAUUCUCUAUAUUAGAGAACCGAUAGCCACUACAGUGUGCUGUGUUGGUUAUGGUGUCAAGUGUGCCAUGGCCCCAUGCCAGUGUUAGCAUUCAAACUAUUCGCAAACAGUUUGACAACUUACCUGGGGUCUGCUGGGCACAGGUCACCUUCUCCUCUGCUGCUGGAUGCUGAACAUUUGCGCUUAGCUGACGCUCUCAGCCAUUGAACCAGUUGCGCACUGCAGGGUUCCCUCAGUGGGGCUAUAGAAGCUUAUUGCUGGGAGGAAGAUGUUACUGAUGCAGAGUGGACAUCAGGUAAUUUGUGUGUUGACUAGACAUGUGCAAUUCGUUUCGUUCCAAAUGUCAAUUCGGACGAAUUUCGGGCAAUUCGGACAUUUGGAUACUUCCAAAUGUCCGAAUAGCUGAAUUUCCGAAGUUGCCGAAGUACAGAAUUGUCGAAGUACUAAUAUACCAGUGGAAGAAUGAAGAAUGUUACAAUGUAUACAAGUUUAAAAAAAAUAGUAUAUAAACAUAGCCUGAUUCAGCUGUAAGCAUUUGCAACACUUACAACAAUCAAGUAACACAUUCAUAUAAAAUGUAAUUUACUUAGCUAGUCUAACCGGAAGGGGGAAUCUAUUGCCGCCCCCACCCCUGUGCGGCGGGUGGGGGCCCUAAAGUAAAAUAAGGGGGACACACGCCUAUUGUCCUUCUCUCCGGCCCCCACCCCUAAGUGGCGGGUGGGGACCCUAAAUUAGAAUAAGGGGGGACCUAUUGUCCUCCCACCCCCGGCCCCCACCCCUGAGUGGCAGAUGGGGGCUCUAAAGUAAAAUAAGGGGGUGGGGACAAACUGUCCUCCCCCUUCCCGGCCCCCACCCCUGAGUGGUGGAUGGGGGCCAUAAAUUAGAAUAGGUGGGGGACCUAUUGACGUGCCCCCUUCCCCCACCCCUGAGCGGUGGGUGGAGGCCUUAAAUUAAAAUAAGGGGGUGGACUUAUUGUCCCCCCCCGAGCAGUGGGUGGGGGCCCUAAAUACCAAUAAGGGUAUUUAGGGCCCCCCCUCCCAAAAACAAUUAUGAAAAAAUAGCUAGGGGGGACCAAUAACUAGGUACCUGUAAAAAAAAAUUAAAAAAAAAUUUGAUGUCUCCUUUUUCUAAAAUCUUCUUUUUUCAGCCCCAAAAAAGGCCAAAUAAAAAUCCAUGAUAACCGUCGCACCUUGAAGAAGAAAAAAAAACCUGAGCGCAAAAAAAAAAUAAAAAAUUAAUCUUCACCCAUGGAGGGCACCGCGCAGACUGAGCUCUGCAGGGUGGGGGAAGGCUUAUAAAGCCUUGCCCCGCCCUGCAAUUAGGAUCAGAGCACUCUGGUUGGUUGGUUUUAGCCAUCUAAUCAGAGUGCUAUGAUAGGUAAAUGAAGAGACUUACAGCUAAGUCUCUACGUUUACCUGUCACAGCACUCUGAUUGGUUAGCUUGAAAUCCAGCCAAUCAGAGUGCUCUGUGUCAUUUUACACAGUGUGGGAAAGUUGUUUGGAAUUUUCCCACGCUGUGUAAUUUGACUCAUAACUCUCUGAUUGGUUACUUGCAAUCAACCAGAGUGUUGUUAUGAGUCAAAUUACACAGCGUGGGAAAAUUCCAAAGAACUUUCAGGACUAUAGACUGAGAAUAUUUCCAAAUCAGCUUUUUUGAUUUAAAGGAACAGUAUAGUAUCAGGAAUACAAGCAUGUAUUUCUGACACUAUAGUCCUUAAGUUGCUGUUUAGGUGACCAGCCCCCUUCCGAUCUCUGUAUUUACUUACCCUUUCUUCCACACGCACAGGUCUUGCUGCGGCUGGGUGAGAUUAUGAAUCUUGAUGGCAGUCAAUCUAAUGCUUUCCCAUAGGAAAGCAUUGAGAGGUUAUUGUGCAUGUGCAGCAAAACGCCAUGGUGAGCCAAUCAGCAUCUCCUCAUAGAGAUGCAUUGAAUCAAUGCAUCUCUAUGGGGAACAUUCAGCAUUGAGAUUUUGAAGACUAGGAAGCAUCUCCAGUGGCCAUCUGAGUGACUGUCACUAGAUGUGUUACUAGGCAUCAACGUAAAGAAUGCCUUUUCUCUGAAAAAGCAGCAUUUACGGUGCUCAGCUGUAAAGCAGAAGCUGUUGGUUUGCUGCAGUUCGAGGGUAUAAACUUUUUUGUGAUAUAAAUGAAGUCAUAUAAGAGAUGAAAAGGUCUUGCACAGCAAUGGAUUUAGUAACACUGCAAACAGAGCGUGCAUUCCAGUAUGGAAGGAGGAUUUAAAGGAAGAGUGACAUGAAAAAAGUACGAGAUUUUUGUGAUUCCUGGAGUAAGCACAUGGUUGGUUUGCAGAGGAGGAACUGGGAUUUGGAGAGACAUAACCAGCUGGUAAGAGCAGAAGGAUAGAGAGUAAGAGAAGGUGGGAGUAGGAUUUAAAAGUUUUGUGAGAGGGCGUGUAUUUUGCGAUUUUAGAGUAAUAAUAAUAAUAAUAAUAAUAAUAUAAAAGAUGACAGAAGGGCCUAAAAUAAAAAGGUUUAGCUGUGUAAAAAAAGUAUAUUUCCUGUUUGUGAAUGCAAUGCACAUGUAAUAUAAAUAAUUAUUUAUGUUGAUUGUUUUUUUACAGCUCUAGUCCCAUUGCAAAUGUAGGACCAGUGCAGGACAACUUACUCUGUGAGGCUCUGCUGUUACCAAGUUUACUAUAUCCCACUGCCUGCAUUGUAUUGACUCAUACAGUGAACCGGUCUAAACACAAUUUAUUGUGCUGAAAGGCCUGUGUGCUAUUAUGUUUGAGUAUGAUUUUGUUCAGUGUUUUGACACUCAGCUGUAUGUUGCAUAUUUAUGUUCUGCUGAGCUUUUUUUAAAUUGUAGAUUUUCUUUUUUGCAUAUUUCCUAUGAAAGUUAUGAUAGGACAUUGCUUUUUUAAGAAAUUGGCAUCCGAUUCAGUUCAGUGGGACUAAAAUCAUCCCUAGCAAUAGGAUAACUGUUGCUGUUUUUUGUAUUUCAUAGUUAAUAAUUGCAGUUAGGUAUAUUGGUUUUAUUUAUUUAAUGUGUUUUAGUCCAUACAUGAAAAUAGUUUAACUAGUGGCAUGGUGUAUUUAUUUUUUAGAUAAAUUAAAACCAUGUGGAUUGUGUAAAUACCCAGAAUUCCUCUUAGUGUUAAUGUUUUUACAUAAUGCCGCAGCUUAAAACCUGAAGAUGUCACUGAAAUUAAACCAAUUUUCUGCUUUGUAAACUUCCUCUUAGAUUCUCUUAGUUUUGUAUGAACAUAAUUGCAAAUCAGUCUCCACUUCUUAUAGUCUGUGCAGUUAUUAUCCUAAUGAAUGUGGAAAAAUGCAGAGAUCACCUCUAUGCAGUUCAGAGCCCUUAUCUCGGGCUGAACAGCUAUGUACAAGUCCCAGUCUGGAGGGGAUUAAAAUAUACUGAUAAGCCUAUGACAAGGCCACUUUAACUUACCCUACCAUAAAAAUGUCAUGUAAUUAGUAAGACGUUUAACAUUAAAUCAUGUAUUAAGGGAGAAGAAUGCCAUUUUGGGGUUCGGAAACAUUUAUAAACCAUAUGGUUCAUUAUGAUGUCUCCAGAACCUCUCAAGGGCAUUAUGUCCCCAUUAUACAUGGUUUACCAUUCGAUCUCUAUUUCUCUCUUUUACACAUAGGAAUAAGAUUUUUAAGAUAUUCCGUCUGGAUACUUUUUUUUACCCCCUGAGUGCUAGAAACGUGUCUAAAACAUUGCAGUGCAAGUGCUUUUGGCACACCUGUAGCAAUCAAAGGGUUAAAGUAUGCUACAUUACCAAAUCUGUACCCUGUUCAUUAUUUUUCAGUGUUCUUGAUUUUAAUAUUUUCAAUAAAUGUGAGACUGAUCUCUAAUGUUAGAGAUCUAAAAGCUAUAUUCAUAUCCAAAUGCUGGAUGCAAUGGUACCUCCCAUGACUCCAAACUCAAUCGCCCUCACUAGUAUUUCAAAUAAAAUGUUUAUAUGUAGAUAGUGAUGUCUGGGUGAAAAAAUAGAUUGUAGUUAAAUUGCUUUUUUAUUUUUAUAGUAGUGUUUAAAAAGUAGUCUCUCCAUUAAAUGGGUUGCCUGUAACCUUAAUUAGUACCAAUAGUACUUCUACUAUAGGUCUUAUUUUGGUUGUUGACAAAGGCCUGGCUGCAGCAGGGUAUUUUUUUGCUGGGGCACUUUGCAUGUUAAUUAUCACUCGUCUUCUUCUUGCUAAUGUCUAACCAUCUAUGUAGACUAAGCAUGAACCUGCCGUUCUCAGAGACCUGCUUGAGUACCCUGAAUUGGCAGUUUUUGUCAGACAUGAUGCCAACUGGUAUAUAAUGCACCCAGCCUCAUGCUGACAACUGUUACUCUUGGACAUUACCACUACUGAUUUAUAUAAAUAAAGUAUGAAGCAACUGUGUUGUCUUAACAUUAUGCUUAGCUUUAACAUAUUUAUAACAAUUUAGGUGUUUGCUUAUUUCUGAUAACUUCCACUCAUCUUAACUGGCUAUAAAGCCAUAGUGCUUCUCAUUCUCCCCAUCUCACAAUAUUUAAUGAUUCCUGUCUUCCAUAACACAUGUGGAUGGCAAGAUCAGCCUCACAUUUAAUCUGUACCUUAUUUGAAGGCGCCCGUUGCAGUAAAUGGAAUGACUGAGUUUAUAGUGGGUGUCCCUCAAAAUGUGGCACAGCAUUCUACAUUUUUUUUAGUAUAUUGUGGCAGCAAGGUACAAAUGGUGAGAUGUUGUGCUCAUCACUUGCAGUGGCAAUGUUUGUAGUCAGCAUACAGUUAAAGGCCACAUACUAAUUAAUUUUAUUUGUUUCAAUUAAACCUUUGCGUUUGCUAGCGAUUUGUCUAGCUCAAUGUAUAAAUGGAAUUGUAUUAUCUAUAAAGUGCCCACAGUGUCAUUUUUGCAUAUACGAAUUCGAAACUUUUGUUUUGUUUUAUUAAGUAAUGUAAUGUUUCAUUUGUUAAAUCUGACCCUGGUGGUACCUUGUAUGACCUAGCACAAUACUUUUUCAAAUGAGUAAUGUUUUAGAAUAACCCAUCUGGAUACAACCAUUGUAUAUUUCUAAUGCAGAGGCUACGCUGCAUAGGAACUAUCAUGUUUAUGGGAGUCUGUAUAUAUAGAUUUGUACAGUAGGACUUAAAGCAGAAAUUGUAUUUAUUGUAUAGAUGUAGAUGCUUGUUUACAGUAUUGUGCUUUAUUUAGGUGUGAAAGAGAAUAAAUGCAUUGUUUAAUUUUAAGAAUGUAUUAAGUAUUUGUCUAAGUCACUUUUUUUAAAGGUAUGUUCACUCUUAUGACGUAGCUGCUAUUUUAAAAGAAUUAAAAUCCAUAUAUGUAAUAAA